GAUCAGGAAUUGAAGAUGGUUCUUUUCUUCUCAAUCUUCAUACUGAUUGUAAAGACUGUAUUUGCUUUGCUUCAAGAUAAAUGUAUUUUCUACAAGGAUGUGGAAGAAUUUCCUGCAGAAACAUGUGUUGAAAAAACAAACACUGCCAUUUGCUACCAAGUCACCAACAUUAAGAAAGAUCUCCGUGGGCUUCCAUCUGAUUUACAGAACCUUUGCAUCCAAAUGGAGAGAGCCACAGUCUCUAGUUAUACUGCUUUGGAUCCUGGUUCCUUUUCCAACUUUGUUUCUUUGGAAUACCUUGACAUUACUGGAUGUUUUUCAGAGAUCUCUCCGGAAGCCUUUACUGGUUUGGUAAAUGUAACUUCUCUAAAUUUGUCUUUCUGGCCAGAUGGCUGUUGUAAGGUAGCUAUUGAUUUCAGUGGCUUUCCUUCACUGACAAGUUUAUUUCUUUCCCAUUACAGUUUGUCAUUAAUGGCAAAUAAUGUAUUUGAUACAAUUCCUCAGUUAAAAGACCUAGAAAUCGCAAAGUGUUUGAAAGAUCUGUCUGAGGUUCUGUGUCGACUGGCAAAUGUGAAAUCACUGAAAAAGUUUUUACUUUAUCUGGAGCUUUAUAGUCUUAAUUUCCCAAACUGUUCUUUGUUCAACCCCUCUCACGAAUACAUAUCCACUGUAUACAAUAUCGAAAUGGUAAUUUUGAUUCUAGAAUCAGUACAGCAUAUAGAUCAGGGAGCUUUGGAAGUGCUGGGAAAUUUGUUUUCCUUGGAAUUUGGUUUAAAAGAAGAUUUACUCCAAGAACUUUCCUUGAUUGGCGUAAAUAAAAUCCAUAAUUUGAGUUUCAAGGUGGAUGUACUUAAUAUUGAUGAGUUGUGUAGUGCAGCAAAGUUGUAUUCUAUUGAAUCUAUAUCUGUUCAUUACCGGACUAUUAACUGUCCACCUACAACUACCACUAUCUCUGAAGGCAUUCAGUGUCAGUAUCUCUCUAUCUGUGAAGAGAUUAAAGAAAUAUUUCUCGUAUAUGAGUCAGAAUUUGCUGGGACUCUAAUCCUUUUAGAUGUACAUUUGAUCUUCCAGAUUUUCAGCAACCUUUCGUUAAUUGAUAUAUCUAGUCAUGCGCUCAGACCAACUGAUUUCCAAUCUCUUUGCUUGUCCUUUCCACAGUCAGUCAAACAGCUGUCCUUUAUGUAUCUAAACUCAAAUCACAUGGGAAAGGUAAUCUCUCACCAAUUUAUGUGUUUCACAAAUCUUGAAACUCUGGAGUUAGUUGCAAGUAAUAUUUCCAUCAUACAAAAAUUUUCUUUUAUUGGAUUAAUCAAAUUAACACAUUUGAACCUCAGUAAAAACAAAAUAUCUUACAUUUAUCAAAACACAUUCAGUGGUCUCUAUGGACUGACGGCCCUAGAUCUUCAAGAAAAUCCAAUAAUUCAAAUUGAAACAAAUUCUUUUGGACAUUUUAUUAACUUAUGUACACUUCUGUUGGGAGAUCUCAACUUCCCACCUCACAAGUCACUGAUCAAGCUGAAUUUAUCUGAUAUAUUUGGAAGAAUCCCGUAUAAUCUGAGUCACAUGAUCAUUAGUUCAGGUCUGAGACCGAUGCAGCUCGUGAUUGGCAGCAAUACUACACUGAAUAAGAGCUUAGACUUCACCAUCAAAGGUCAAUAUGUGACCAUUGAGGACUGCAGCAGACCGUUCUUUACAUCUAUAGUCACACUUCAAUGA